CAAUGGCCAUCGCUUCAGCUGCACGGACAAAUUAAGCGAGGGAGUGAGAGCUAGCUAACUCAGGCUCAGCCAACUGAUCGCGAGCUGUGACGAGGUGAUCACCAUGGCGUCCUCGUCGUCGCUUCUUGUUCGUGGGAGAGCGUUCGCGCUGGUUGUGGCUGUAGCUCUGGUGGCUGCUCCUCGCCGGAUUAAUGGCGGCGCCGCCGGGCCGGCGGCGAGGACGAACGACCCCAACUGGCACGUCUUCAGCGUCAGCUCGCUGCUGCCGAGCUCGGCCUGCACUGCAUCGAAAGCGGCGUCCAACUCGUCGGCUCUCGGCGUCGUGCACCGGCACGGGCCGUGCUCGCCGGUGCAGGCUCGUCCUCGCGGCGGCGGCGGCGCUGUCACCCACGCCGAGAUCCUGGAACGCGACCAGGCCAGGGUCGACUCCAUCCACCGCAAGGUCGCCGGCGCCGGGGGCGCGCCGUCGGUGGUCGACCCGGCACGCGCCUCGGAGCAGGGCGUGUCGCUGCCGGCGCAGAGGGGCAUCUCCCUCGGCACCGGCAACUACGUCGUGUCCGUCGGGCUCGGGACGCCGGCGAAGCAGUACGCCGUGAUCUUCGACACCGGCAGCGACCUGUCGUGGGUGCAGUGCAAGCCCUGCGCCGACUGCUACGAGCAGCAGGACCCGCUGUUCGACCCGUCGCUGUCGUCGACGUACGCCGCCGUGGCGUGCGGCGCGCCGGAGUGCCAGGAGCUCGACGCGUCGGGCUGCUCGUCGGACAGCAGGUGCCGGUACGAGGUCCAGUACGGCGACCAGUCGCAGACCGACGGCAACCUCGUGCGCGACACGCUGACGCUCUCGGCGUCGGACACGCUCCCGGGCUUCGUCUUCGGGUGCGGCGACCAGAACGCCGGGCUGUUCGGCCAGGUCGACGGGCUGUUCGGCCUCGGCAGGGAGAAGGUGUCGCUGCCGUCGCAGGGCGCGCCGAGCUACGGCCCCGGAUUCACCUACUGCCUACCGUCGUCGUCGAGCGGCAGGGGCUACCUGUCCCUCGGCGGCGCCCCGCCGGCGAACGCGCAGUUCACGGCGCUGGCCGACGGCGCGACGCCGUCGUUCUACUACAUCGACCUCGUCGGCAUCAAGGUCGGCGGCCGCGCGAUCAGGAUCCCGGCGACGGCGUUCGCGGCGGCCGGCGGCACGGUGAUCGACUCCGGCACGGUGAUCACCCGCCUCCCGCCGCGCGCGUACGCGCCGCUCCGCGCGGCGUUCGCGCGCUCCAUGGCGCAGUACAAGAAGGCGCCCGCGCUGUCCAUCCUCGACACGUGCUACGACUUCACCGGCCACCGGACGGCGCAGAUACCCACGGUGGAGCUGGCGUUCGCCGGCGGCGCCACCGUCAGCCUCGACUUCACCGGCGUGCUCUACGUCUCCAAGGUGUCGCAGGCGUGCCUGGCGUUCGCGCCCAACGCCGACGACUCGUCCAUCGCCAUCCUCGGGAACACGCAGCAGAAGACGUUCGCCGUCGCGUACGACGUUGCCAACCAGAGGAUCGGCUUCGGCGCCAAGGGAUGCAGCUGAUUACAAUCCGAGAUGAUGAAUCAAUCGAUCAUUUUGUUUUGUUACAGUGACAUAUAUAUGGGGAAAAAAUAGUGAAAAAAAACUGCAAUAAAUAAGCAUCAUCGAUAGUGACAUGGAAGAAGUUGAAAACCGUUAAAAAUAUUUUUGAUGCAAA